UUGCACAUCACAGUAGUUGCACAUUGCGUCCUGCUCCACCUGCUCCACCCGCUCCGCCUUGUAAGCAGCGGGGCGACGGCGCACCAGGCCACGUCAGUUCACGUCGGUCAUAUCGCACAUGCUGCGACCAUGCUCCGAUCGCUGAGAUCCGUUCCUUACGCCGCGCGAGCAGCCGCUUGGUCCGUAGAUCCCGCAUGCUCGCUCGCGUCCUCGUUAAAAGCCGCCGCAGUAAUCGGCAGAGGCUACACUUCGGCCGAAGCAGACAGCGAGUACUGGAAGCACGUGUCGAAUUCCGUUCCGCGGGGAGCGGGAUCCGUGGAGAGCGCAGCGGCGGAGAUAAUCGAGCGCAACCUCGUGCGCGGACCCUCCGCGGACGAGCGCAACCCCGCCGCGGUGCUGACGGCACGACGGGAGGCGCUCGACCUCUACCGUCUCAUUCUUCGAACCACGCGGGUCUUCGUCUGGCCACACCCCUCUGGAAGCCUCUGGAGGGAUGUGCUGAGGGACAGUGCGAGGAAGGAGUUCGAAGCCGCCAGACUCGUCUCAGACCCCGAAAUGAUAGCGCGGCUGCUACUGGGAGGUCGGGACGCCGUGUCGCUCGUUGUCGAUAAGCUAGUGGCAAAGCAGCAGGAGGUGGUGGAGAAGGAGCGCACACGGCGACCAUAGCCCAGCACCACACACACGCACACUCAUCCCAUGUGACUGUUCACUCCACUCAAAGACCCUCCUCAUAGCUACACUCGUCUGCAGCAACCACAGUGGCUUACAAGAAUAGAAGCAACGGCAGUCGAUAUCACAUACCGGUACUCUGAGCCUCGUCAACUGCCUCCACUCCCACACCUCACCACACCAACCACUACGCCCAUAGUAUCCCCGGUUUAUGGCAAUAAUGAUGCUUCUCACCUCGCCUCAACCCUCCCUGUCUAUCUCGUCGCAUGGAUCCGAUCCACCAUUGCACACUCACUGUGAUGUGGAGCUUCACUAGGAGCAUCCUGUCCAUCCCAUUCCAAUAGGUGGCUGACACCAGCCAGACAAUCUUCGUCGUGUACAUAGAACUUCGACUGUUAUCUGUAUUAGGUAAUGAGCUAGUUAAUUGUCUUCGCAUUUGCUUACAGAUUUGAAUUGGACUGCCUCUA